UCCACUGGUUAUUUGAUUUUAUUUGUACAUAAUUUCCAAAGUUCGUGUGUAAUAUCGUCUAUUAAAAAUUGCAAAGACAGUGAAAAAUAACUUUAAAUUACCUAAAAGCAAGAUGCCGAAAGACAGAAUCACAAUCAUUGAGCGCAUUAAUAACACGUUAUGAAAUUGGCCCUUAAAAUCUCAAGUCCAAUUGGUAAUUGAGAUCAAAUAAUUUGUGAAGAAAUUCUUGUUCUAGCGCUACUUCGGUGCGUUGUCUGCAGUCUGCGGCGACUGCAAUGAGCAUUGCAAUGGGUCGCAUAAGGAAUAAAAAAAUUUGGCUCUAUUUCGAUAGAAUAUCCGAUUAUGCAGCACGUUGUAAGAAUUGUAAACUUAAUCUAUCUUGCAAACAUACUUCAGCCAAUUUGGUGCGUCACCUGUAUUACAAACACCAUGUUGAUGCGAGCUACUAUGGUGCAGAACAAACUGGAUUUCUUAAGCAUAAACGUGGUAGAAUAAAUCAAAGAUCUGGUGUUGUGAACGAUGUUUCACCUCCAUAUCUAACGCCGGUUGUCACUACAAAUGAGACAUUCGAUCCUCUUGAAGAGAUAAAACAAGAAGUUGUACCCUUGAAACUUGUGCGUUGCUCUAGAUCUGAUGAAGAAGCAGAUGGUGAUGAGGACGCGCAUUCGGCACAUGAAUAUCAAAGACCAGUUGACUCUUUAUCUUCACCUUCACAACAUACACCAUCUACAGAAGGGUCCAAUGAAGAUAUAAGCUGUGCUUAUGCCAUCGACACACAUCAUGCUAAUGAUGAAGAGUCAAUGAGCAAGCCGCUAUUUUUGGACAACCCACAUUUUAAGGAAAAACUGCAGGCAGAAACACGCUAUUAUAAUGAGAUGGCUGAAUUAGCACGUGCAAAAAGAAUUAUGAUCGAGUUGCAAAGUAAGAAGCUGAUGUUAGAAAUGGAAACAAUGCGUUCCAGCUGACUAGGCCUAGCAAUUCCAUUAUAUACUGCUUAACAUUGAUGUUAUAUAAAAAUUAAUGUUUGACAUUUACAUGUAUUUCCCCCCUUUAAUAUAGCCAUUCUGCAACUAUUAAACUUUAAUGAUAUUGAAACAAAUAUCAUGUAUUUUUUAA